UUUAAGGACUUAUGGGAUCAGAAGAAGGAAUGUGUUGUGCGACCGGAAGUCUACAAAAGAGCUUAUUGCAGAUAAAUGAGGUCGAUGAUACGUGACCAUUCUAGAUGUUAAAUCGCUCUCGUCUCGUUGAAUAAAGAACGGAGUUUGGGGGAAUACGCGUGUGCGCGAAUGUUCCAUCCGCAAUUCAAGUUUCCAGUCUAUAAGAAAGAAAGUGAAACUCCUUAACCAAUUCCAUUACCAAUCCGCAUUAUCAUCAUUCAUCAAUAUUAUUCAAAAAAAAAUUAACGAAACAAAUUAAUUUCAAUCAAAAAUUAGUUUUCUCUUGAAAUUUGUUUUGAAAAAUAAAUAUUUCAUCUCAAUUAAUAUUGAUUUAACAAAAAAGGAAAAAAAUCGAUCAAACAUUAGUUCUCAUUGUGAAAAGUGCAAGUGAAUUUGGAAAUAAUUUUUAGUUUCUACAAAAAAAGAUAGAAAACAGUUUAGAAGGAAUGUGUAAUUUGAAAAAAUUCGGAAAUAGUUGAAGAAGAAAGCAAUUUGUUGUUCAUCAGUAUAAAUUAAUUUAAUUAAUUUCCAAAACAAUAGUCAGGGAACAGAAAAAAUUCCAUUACUCAUGGAAGAAAAGAGGAUUUUUAAGAAUUGUAAAAUAUUUGUAUUUUAGAAGAAAAAAAUCUACUUUAUAAAAUACAAAAUGGAGAAACUAUAUAUUUUGCUGCUUUUAACUGCCAGUUUUUCAUUAAUUAAUUGUGCUCCAUUUUCAAACACUGGUAAUUCCACAGACGAAUUUGAAAAUUCCUACGUGGGCAUACUAAUUUCGCCAAUUGUGUCGCCCGAAAUUAGUAGAGAAAUUGAAAUUUACUGGAGUCACACGAAGAUCCGUCCAGGUGACAAAAUUGGACUUUUCUUUGAAAAGCCAAGAGAUGAUUUGAAACCAAUUUUCAUAAUGGAACCAACGAGUCCUAUUGGAAUUGCAAAAACAGGAAUAGAAGCUGAUUUUAUUCCAUCUUCUAAUCUCACUUUCACUAAACAAUGCCUAAAAUAUCAUGUCGCUUGGUUGCGGACUGGAAUGGUGAGAAAAGAAAAUUGUCUGAAAACUGAGCCAACGUGGAUGGCCGAUAUGAGAUGUAUUUUAGGAAGCCAAAGAAUGAGAGAUAUUUUUUUGCCAGGAACACACGAUUCUUCAGCGUACACUAAAACCGAUUUGCUCUUGCCUGAAACUCUAGUCACUAAAUACGCAAUUACCCAGGAUGAGGAUAUUCUUGGUCAACUGAUUUAUGGAGCUCGAUAUCUGGACAUCCGAGUGGGCUACUAUGCUACCGAGGAAAUCCAAUGGUGGGGAAGUCACGGACUCGUUGCCGUUGUACCAUUCCAAACAGUCGUUGAAGACGUGAAAACAUUUCUCGAUAAUACAGAUGAAAUUGUCAUAUUCGACGUGCAAGAAUUUCCUGUCGGUUUUGGUAAAGAUUUCACAACUCAUCGGAAAUUGGUCGCAUUUUUGGAAGAGCAAUUUGCUGAUUAUAUAAUUCCAAAAUCCUUCGGCUGGUCCAGCACACUAGAAACAAUUUGGUCUUCGGGAAAAAGACUUAUAAUUGGAUAUGACGAGCAAAAUGUCGUUGGCAUGUACGAAAGUUUAUGGCCAAGUGUCUAUCAACAAUGGGGCAAUGUGCAAAAAGUUGACGAUUUGUAUGAGUAUUUGAAUAAAAUUGAAACCAAUGCCCUCAGUUCCUUGAAAGUGAAUCCAAGAUCCGCGAUGGCAGAAUUGACUCCCAAGGCUUGGGACAUUUUUCUCGACAGACUGGGAGGACUUCGAAAAAUGGCAGAAGAAGUUGAUGCAAAAAUUACCAUGUGGUACAACACAAAAUGGCAACUAUCUGCAAAUAUUGUGUCCGUUGAUUUUAUCAAAGCCACCGGAAUCGUGGAAGCAGCUCUGGAAUGGAAUAUAAGAAGAUUCAACAACACUUUUCCAAUAGAAUGUAAAGAGAAAAACUAAAAAAAAAAAAAUUCUCAAAUUGACCAUAAGUAGAUAAUUCAGAGAUAAUUUAUUCAAUUGUUUAUUUUUUUCUCAAAAUAAAUCAUUUCAUAAUUCUUAUGAAAUUUUACAAAAAAUUGUGCAUUAAUUUUUUUUUUUAACUAAUCUGACAUUUAUUUCCA